GGAACGAAGGACAAAGUGGUCAUUUUGCAUGCCCUCGCUUCCGAACUCACUCACUGGUAUCCCUUGUUUUUCAACUCUCAAAUUUCGCAAAGCCAUGGCUUCUUCAAUCUCUCUCUCAUUCUCUUCUUCUCUGCUUCCUCAUCCUCUCCCUCUCAACAAGAACUCCACAGCCAUCCACAGAGCCCAUGACUCAAACUUUAAGCUAGUACACUGCGCAUUCGCAGCACCCGCUACACGCACUCGUUCAACUUCAUCUUCGUCUUCUGAGACCAGAAAGAGGCACUGGAAGCAAGGUGAGUUUCCAGGGGUCUCAGAGACAUCGAUUCCUGGGACUCACAGAAGGGCCCCCUUAAAAAAUGUGAAGAAGAAGUUGGACCGCAAGAACAACGCCAAGGCCUGGGCCAACACCGUCACUGAAGCCUUGUCUGACGCCAUAGACAAGAAGCAAUGGCUUCAAGCUCUUGAGGUAUUUGACAUGCUAAGAGAACAACCUUUUUAUCAACCAAAAGAAGGGACUUACAUGAAACUCCUUGGUCUGCUUGGAAGAUGUGGCCAACCCCAUCGUGCCCGUCAGCUUUUCGACGCAAUGGUUGAAGAAGGCUGUGAACCAACUCUUGAACUCUACACAGCCCUACUUACAGCUUAUUGUCGGAACAAUCUAAUUGAUGAGGCAUUUUCUGUUCUCAACCAGAUGAAGACCCUCCCGCAUUGCCAGCCUGACGUUUUUACAUACAGUACCUUAAUAAAGGUUUGCAUUGAUGCUUUGAAAUUCGAAUUAGUUGAGUCCUUGUAUGAGGAAAUGGCUGAACGGUUAAUAACUCCAAACACAGUCACCCAAAACAUAGUGUUGAGUGGAUAUGGUAAAGCUGGGAAGUAUGAUCAGAUGGAAAAAGUGUUGUCAGGGAUGCUGGAGGGUGCAACUUGCAAGCCUGAUGUCUGGACAAUGAAUGUUAUCCUUAGUGUGUUUGGCAACAAGGGUCAGAUAGAUAUGAUGGAGCGAUGGUAUGAGAAAUUCCGUGAUUUUGGGAUUGAGCCAGAAACUCGCACUUUUAAUAUUCUGAUUGGUGCUUAUGGGAAAAAGAAAUUGUAUGAUAAAAUGUCAACUGUGAUGGAGUACAUGCGCAAGCUUCAAUUCCCAUGGACAACAGCAACAUACAACAAUGUGAUUGAGGCUUUCGCGGAUGUAGGAGAUGCAAAAAACAUGGAGUACACAUUUGAUCAGAUGCGUGCUGAGGGUAUGAAAGCAGACACCAAAACGUUCUGCUGCCUUAUUAAUGGAUAUGCCAAUGCAGGUCUCUUCCAUAAGGUGGUUAGCAGUGUUCAGUUGGCCGGAAAGUUUGAGAUACCCGAGAAUACCACAUUUUAUAAUGCAGUAAUAGCUGCAUGUGCAAAGGCAGAGGAUUUGAUGGAGAUGGAGAGAGUUUUUAAGCGGAUGAAAGAGAAGCAAUGUCCACCGGAUUCCACAACAUACUCUCUUAUGGUUGAGGCGUAUAGUAAGGAAGGUAUGAACGAUAAGAUCUACUACUUGGAGCAGGAGAUUGGUGUUGAUGUUAACCAAAAUGACAACUCCUCAGGAAUUGAGUCUGAUGCUGUUGUCUGAUUGAGAUAUUUGAAAACAACAAUAUGUUUCAAGAAUCCCCUAAUCUCACAUUGGGCAUCCCCACAGUUCUUCUAAUGCAGCAGUACUGGACUCUUAUUGUUGAAUUUCGAGUGAUCAGGUAAUCAAAAUUUUCCAUCCUGGGAUGGAUGUUAACAAUGCUGCUUCCUCGCUUUAUGUAUUUUGUGGAGGACUGUAAGAAUUGUUUUAGACAUCUCUGAUACUCUGGGUGAAAUAUUUUGGAAAAUGACUGUAUAUACAGAGUUGAUAAGUGCCUUUCAGCAAACUGGAGGUCAUCUCAAAAUAGCAUGCAAAUUGUACGGAGAUUUGUAAGAGUGCUAACUGCCGACAGGAGAAGUACUUUUGUUUUUAAUGCAAUUUCAUAUAUAUUGUCUCCAGCAGAAGCUGGACAGUAUAGAAGGUGGUCUAUGGAACAGAAUGGUCUAUAAA